AUGUCAGCUGAUAUAGUAUCCCAUCACGGUGGAGAUGGUGGUGGUCAAGACCCCACAGAUCCUAGCAGGAUACCCUCAACUUGCGAGUCAGAUCGUCCUGCAAGAAGGAGGGGACGUGGCCCUGCCAGUAAUGUUAAUAUUGAAAAACGAAGGCGGGAUGCUGGCAAACCACUUGAAUUGCAACUUGAUCCGGCGACAGACAAAGUGGUUGGUACUGAGCACCAAGCUUUUGUUCGUCAAUUGAGUACUGAAGUUACAUUACUAUUGCCGGGACAUUAUUUAGAUUUUAAAGAUGUUCCUCAGCAAUAUAAAGACCAGGUCGUUCAAAAGAUGAAGUAUUACUAUAAUAUCGAUGGGCAUCCAGAACCUGAAAGAGUUAUGGGAACUCUGUAUACGGAGAUGCGCAAAAGAUAUUCAGAGAGAAAGAAUAUUAGGCAUUCUCAUUUCCAAAAAUAUUAUUCUGGAAAUCCGAAUGAUUUGGAUAGUGCUCUCAAUGCUAUUCCUGACUUGUGCUCGAAGGAGAGCUGGAAAGAAAUCGUCGAUUUGUUUCUGAGCCCAAAGUUUGUAGCGCGAUCCACGCAGAACAAGAAAAAUAGAAAGGAAAUGAAGUAUUUGUCGACGCAAGGCUCUAAAUCAAUGGCAGCGAUCCGUAACGAAUAUGUAAGUAAAAUACUUAACUUUAUUUGAUAUUAUUAUAUUAUUAAUUAAACUAACACUAUUAUUUUGUAGGAUGAACCUGAUGAUCAUGCUAUUGAUGCUUGGAGAGAUACUCAUAUAAAAAAAUCUACGAAGACUUGGGUUAGCGAAACUUGCAAAGAACUACAUGUAAGUUAAAGUUUUUUCUUUCUUUAUUGAUCUUAAAUUAUAGUAAUAUUGGUUUUUUAACAUUUUCUUUUGGCAGGAACAAAUGACCCAAGAGAUGGAGAG